AUGUCGCUGAAGAUCUUCGAGAUCGAUGGUACCUUGCGUGGAUGCGAGGGGCAGAUAUGGGAUCGCGUCAACGGCUACAGGUGGUGGAAGAACGAGCUGAGCGAGAAGGAGGGAGGAAUGGAGAAGUUUGCGGAGGGCUACAAGAUCUUCGGUUUCAACAAGACGGAAGGUGGUUACAUUUACCGCGAGUGGCUGCCCAACGCCAAACAGGUGUUUCUGAUCGGUGAGUUCAACGGAUGGAACAAUUCAUUGCCCUUGGAGAACGAGGGCUUUGGACGCUGGAAGGUGUUCCUUAAGGACAAGGAGGAUGGAAGCCCUUUCAUUCUUCACAAGACCCAGCUGAAGGUUCGAGUGGAGGCCAAUGAUGGCAGCUGGCACGACCGUGUCCCUGCAUGGACCAAGGUGGCCUGGCAGGAUCACAGCACCAACCUUUUCAACGGCGUCUUCUGGGAGCCUCCGCAGGAGGAGCAGUACAGCUUCAAGCAUGCCCGACCGGAGAAGCCCGCAAACCUCAAGAUCUACGAAGCGCACGUAGGUAUGGGAUCCGUGGAGCCCAAGGUGGCCACUUAUGUCGAGUUUGCGGAUAAUGUGCUGCCGCGCAUCAAGCGCAUGGGCUACAACGCGGUUCAGCUCAUGGCUGUGGCAGAGCAUGCCCAUUACGGCUGCUUUGGAUAUCAUGUCACCUCCUUCUUCGCCCCAGCAAGUCGAUCUGGCACUCCCGAGGAGUUGAAGUAUCUGGUGGACACAGCCCACGGUCUUGGGAUCCACGUUCUCAUGGACCUGGUGCAUGCCCACGCAUCCUCCAACACCUUGGAUGGGAUUGCCCAGAUGGAUGGCACCGACCACUGUUAUACGCACGGAGGACCCAAAGGCCAUCACAGCGAGUGGGACUCGAAGAUCUUCAACUACCUGAAGUAUGAGGUGCUUCGCUUCCUCCUCUCCAACGUCAAGUGGUGGCUGGAGGAGUACAAGUUUGAUGGCUUCCGCUUCGAUGGCAUCACUUCUAUGCUUUACCACUCGCACGGCAUCGGCAAGGGAUACACCGGCGGCUACCACGAAUACUUCGGACCUGAUGCCGAUAUUGACAGCCACAUCUACCUGAUGCUGUCGAAUGACCUUAUCCACACCGUGGUUCCAUCCGCCAUCACUGUGGCGGAGGACGUAAGCGGCAUGCCAACGAUCGGCCUUCCUGUGGAGUGGGGUGGCUUCGGCUUUGACUACCGCUUGGCCAUGGCAAUCCCAGAUAUGUUCAUCAAGCUCCUGAAGGAAGUGGGUGACGAUGGCUGGGACAUGGGACACAUUUGCUUCACGCUGACAAACAGGCGACACAUGGAGAAGGUGGUCGCUUACGCCGAGUCCCACGAUCAGGCGAUUGUUGGCGACAAGACGAUUGCAUUCUGGCUUAUGGACGCCGCCAUGUACACAGACAUGAGCAUCGUGCAGAAUCCUCACCACACUAUGCCAGUGGACCGUGGACUGGCCCUGCACAAGAUGAUCCGCCUGUUGGUGCAGGGGUUGGGAGGCGAGGGGUACCUCAACUUCAUGGGCAAUGAGUUCGGCCAUCCUGAAUGGGUGGACUUCCCACGCGCGGAGAACGGUUGGAGCCACCAGCAUUGCAGGCGCCGGUUCGAUCUGCCAGAUGACGAUUUGCUGCGGUACAAGUUCUUCCAGAACUUCGAUGAGCUGAUGAAUGCCUUGGAAAACCGCUUCCAGUACUUGUCCUCCUCGCACCAGUAUGUCACCUUGAAACACGGCGAGGACAAGGUGAUCGUCUUCGAGCGCGGUGACUUGCUUUUCAUCUUCAACUUCCAUCCCUGCAACAGUUAUGAAGGAUAUCAGCUGGGCUGCUGCUGGAACGAGCCCAUGCGCUGUGUGCUGGACACCGAUGAGGGCCGGUUCGGAGGCCACCAGCGUCUCGAGUACGGCCAUGGAAAUCCGUUCCCUGCUAU